GCUCACACGCAGCGAGUGACUCGCAGUAAGUGGUAGAGCACAGCAGCGAGCUUGCACUUGUCUGGGCAGUAGGCGCGGCACCGGACGUCAUGGGCAUGGCCGACGCCAACAAGCGCAUCAAUCUCGCCGCGCCGCUCCUCACCGUCCGGCGCCACGGCGCCGUGGGCGCCGAGGACACGGCCACGGCGCUGCCGUCCUACAAGCCCAGCGAGACGUCGGGCCCCUUGGGCCGCACCUGCGCCGUGCCCUUCGGGUGGGAGCACCGGCCCGGCCACCCCAAGAGCGUCCGCACCCGCCGGCCACCGCCACCACCUCCCACGACGCUCAUCGACGAGGCCUCGUGCGUGGCGCCGGAAAUGAAGGUGGUGGACGCGGCUGCCGCGCUGGAGGAGGAGCGGUUCUCGGACGCUCGCUCCCGCGAUGACAUGAGCUGCGUCACCGUCAACUGCAGCGUGACCGGGCUCAGCGACGCCGCGUCCGCCUGCGCCGCGGGGGCGGGGCCCGGCGCCAGAGGCAGCGUCAUGAUGGACCGCUUCCUGCCGGCCGCACACGCUGUAGCUGCCGGCUGCCCGCAGUGCACCUUCCGGAAGGCCGCGUCCGCCCAGGAGCCCGCGCGGCCGACUGCGGCAAGCGCGCUCACGGGCGACGGCGACAGAUCACAAGUGCAAAGGCGGCUGCCUCUCCAGCACAUUCCGACGAAACACCUGCCGCCCCUCUCGCCAGAAGACAAGAAUGACGACGCCGAAUCGGAUGCGCCCAGCACCCGGGGUUUCGCGUCCAAGAGGUGCGGGCUGCUCCCCACCCGGUGCGUGAAGAACACCUUGCAGCUCCUGAACCCGGCGCCCGCCAUGAGGCGUGGCGCCCGCGGAGCGCGGCGAGGCGCAGGCGGACCGUUCCUGUCCAAUGGAAGCAGAAGCCAAAGAGCGAUGAAUCCACUGCUGCAUGGAUCGCGAAACGGGCAACAGCAAUCGCAAAAUACGGGAGGGCACUAUCCCGGCAUGCAAUCCUGGGAGGUCAAAUUGCUGCUCCGAUCAGGCCGCAGCGGCCUGACAGCACCUGCCACCGCCGUGGCAUCGGAGCUGGACAGAACAGUGCGCAAACUCUACAGAGACCGAGGAGCAGAAGCCGUCCACCAGAAGGCUAGCCAUCCGGGUUUGCUCCUGGUUCUCGACAGGUCAAGCGAGGAACGCCACAGCUCGUCGGCGCAGAACCUCUCCAGAGCCGCCGAAACCGCGUUGCCGCUGCCGCCUCCCAAAACCUCACGGAACGCCGAGAAGAAACUCAGGCGUGGCGCCGCCGGCUACGGAUUCUCGCUGCUUUUGAAAGACGAGGAGGUUGCCGCGGGACGUGAGAUCGUGCUGUCGCCGCAGCCUCUGCUCCCAUUGCCGUUGCCCAAGUCGCCUUCGGAGUCCUGGCUUUUGCGCGCGCUGCCUUCUGUCUCAACUCGACCUCCUGCGACGUCUUUCCUGGGGCUCCAUGUGCAGGCCAGGAAACAUGCUGCGUUGCCGUGGUGCUGCGUUGAUCAUGCCAGGCAACGGCAAAUACGUGUGCACGAUCUACAUAAGUGAUUGUUCAUGACAAGCUAGUAAUAUGCGAGGCAGCAUCAUUAGUCUGCUGCUCCAGGUGCUUAUCCAGGAACAUGUCGUUAAUUUUGUAGUGACGGAUUCUUAGUAACCUCAAGUGCAUAUGUCAUUGCUUGUAUCUGCAA